AUGCCAUCAGGUUUUUCACCACAAUACUCAUGGUGCACUGCCCAGCGUUUACGACAGGGCUCGUGAGUUGUUCUACUAUUUGAAAGGUGGGCGGGUCGAUUAUGGUGAAGAACACAGCAAAGCCUGUGGGCAUUCCCAGUUUGGCCGUAUGUAUGAACAAGGGCACUACCCUGAAUGGGAUGAGGAUCAUCCUAUUCACUUUGUGGGCCAUUCCGCCGGAGCUCAGGUCGUCCGUGUUCUGCAGCAAAUGCUUGCUGAUAAGGCUUUCAAGGGGUAUGAGAAUACUAACGAGAAUUGGGUAUUGAGCAUCACAUCAUUGUCCGGAGCGUUCAAUGGGACUACAAGAACUUACUUGGAUGGAAUGCAGCCUGAGGAUGGCAAAACCCUAAAGCCCAUAUGUCUGCUGCAACUAUGUCGCAUAGGAGUGAUUAUUUAUGACUGGCUAGACAUUUCCUGGCUAAAGGAAUAUUACAACUUUGGGUUUGAUCACUAUAAUAUCACAUGGAAGAAAGUCGGUGUUUGGGGUCUCAUUGAUUGCCUCUUGGGAAAUUCGGGACCAUUCGCUUUUUGGGUCGGAGAAAACGAAAACUUAUGUGCAGCAAUAUCAUGCAAGAAGAAGAAAGCCAAUGUUUUCAUUCCAUUAAUUGGAGUAGUUGGUGGACUUGCUAUAGGCAUCUGA